UAUAUUAAUGAUAAAAAAAAUGCAUAAAUAUCAUAAUUUUCAGAUAUGGAGAUGUGCUGAAGAAAGUUUAUAACAUUUUCGUGACAAUCAUCCUCGGUAUGGUAAUGACAGACUUGAUUACUGCUAGCUUACAUUUGCUAUUCACAUCUUCGGACGCCAUGUUCACUGUAAAUCUUAUCCUAUUUUUCUGGCACUCGUUUGUUGAAAUUUCAUUAAUUUGUUUUACAUCAUCUUACAUCGAAAGAGUGAGCUACGAGAUUCGGUUCUCGGCGUACUCGAGCGACUGGUACAAAGCGGACAGGAAGUACAGGUUCACCGCGCAGAUGAUGAUGCUCAGGGCUCAGAGGCCCCUCACUUUGGUCGCGGUCAAGAUGUACUCCGUCAACUUGGAAACUUUGAUCGCUACGAUGAUCACAAGUUUUUGGUAUACGAACGCGAUGUUAAAUAUAACUCCUUGCAAGCCAACUAUUGGUAAGGUCGAACUAGUUCUUAAUGACGUCUUCAAGCUCUCGAGAAUGAUCGGUACGUUCCCGAUCGACAAGGAAUAUUCCGCCAUCUCUAAAUAUAACCUCACUAAAGGAUUGACACUAUACGUAUUGGCAACAAUCGUUAUAUCUGCGUCAACUUCUAGAGAAUCUUAUGAUGAUGUAUUGGAGUCUGAAAGAGCGCGUUAUGCAUUCCAAUUUAUUCUCACCGUCAUACUGCAUUUUAUACAUUUAGCGUAUCUUGUUGGAAAUAGACGGCUAGUGAAUAAACUCUACAACGAACUGAAGGAAAUUGAAUACCUAUUUUGGAAAAAUGGUGUUGAUUGCUGUUACAGACCCAGUUGGUGUGUUAAAUACCUUGGUUUUAUUUUUAUCACGAUUUGUCAUGUUGCCUGGGAGACAUAUUACACCAGAUGGAUACACCUAGAACUUCGUAUCCCCAGCCAUAUUAACUAUCCAGCUGUUUUCAGUAUAACAAGUCAGUAUUUAGCAUUGCUUCAAAUAUGCCAGUCAAUAUUGAAGCAGAUAAAGACAAUCGAAGAAAACGUAACUGUUGUCAGACUGAAGGAUAAAAUAUUGUCUCUAUGCCAAAACGUUAACACGCUUUACGAACCUCAGCUGCUUUGUUACAUAGUGAACGUAUUCUUGGUGAUUCUCGGCGCACUUUAUGUGAAAACCAUCCAACAUGCACCUAUGUCUAUAGGAACUAUUUGUUGGUUUGUCAUUUACACCUGGCCACUUGUGGUGAUAACACUCUACGUUGGGAACAUUUCUGAGGAGACCAAGUUGGUGUAUCAAAUACCUUGGUUUUACUUGCAUGGUGAUUUGUCAUGCUAUGUGGGAGAUUUUUUACAACAGAUGGGAAAACAUGAGACUUCGUAUUCCUCUCCACAUCACUUAUCCAGCUCUUUUCAGUAUUACAAGUCAGUACUUAGCAUUGCUUCAAGUCUGCUUGUCAAUAUUGAAGCAGAUAAGGAUAACAGAAGAUAA